CCCCUCCUCCUCCUUCUCGGGUCCUUCUCCACUCCGGCGGGCACUCGCUGGCUUUCCGCUGCCCCUCCCCGCCCUGUGCUAGUGCUGCUGCUGUAGGCUCCUGGAACCCCUCGGUCUGGCGGGGAGGGAAGCUGGGGAAGGGCCAUGACUGUGGAGCAGAAUGUGCUGCAGCAGAGCAACUCUCAGAAGCACCAGCAGACAUUUCUGAAUCAGCUCAGAGAGAUCACUGGUAUCAAUGACAUCCAAGUACUGCAGCAAGCUUUGAAGGAUAGCAAUGGGAAUUUGGAAUUAGCAGUUGCCUUCCUUACUGCAAAGAAUGCUAAGACUCCUCAGCAGGAAGAGACAACCUACUAUCAAACAGCACUUCCUGGCAAUGACAGAUACAUCAGUGUAGGCAGCCAGGCAGAUACAAAUGUGAUUGACCUCACAGGGGAUGAUAAAGAUGAUCUUCAAAGAGCAAUUGCCCUCAGUUUGGAGGAAUCAAACAGGGCAUUCAGGGAGACUGGAAUAACAGAUGAGGAACAAGCCAUUAGCAGAGUUUUAGAAGCCAGCAUUGCAGAAAACAAAGCAAGUCUCAAACGGACGCAUCCAGAAGUGUGGAGUGAUUCUCCAAAUCCUUAUGAUAGAAAACGUCAAGAUAAUUGUCCCGUGGGAUUGAAAAAUGUUGGCAACACAUGCUGGUUCAGUGCAGUUAUUCAGUCAUUAUUUAAUCUGCUGGAAUUCCGAAGAUUAGUUUUGAAUUAUAGUCCCCCUACAAGUGCUCAAGAUCUUCCCCGAAAUCAAAAGGAAAAUAGAAAUUUGCCUUUUAUGCGUGAACUAAGAUACCUAUUUGCACUUCUUGUCGGCUCAAAAAGAAAAUAUGUUGAUCCAUCAAGAGCUGUUGAAAUUCUUAAAGAUGCGUUCAAAUCAAAUGACUCCCAGCAGCAAGAUGUCAGUGAAUUCACACACAAGUUACUAGACUGGUUAGAAGAUGCCUUCCAAAUAAAAGCUGAAGAGGAACAGGAUGGAGAGAAGCCCAAGAACCCGAUGGUAGAGCUGUUUUAUGGGAGGUUUCUAGCAGUUGGAGUUCUUGAAGGGAAGAAAUUUGAAAAUACAGAGAUGUUUGGCCAGUACCCACUUCAAGUUAAUGGCUUCAAAGAUCUGCACGAGUGCCUAGAAGCUGCAAUGAAUGAAGGGGAAAUUGAAUCCUUACACUCAGAAAAUUCUGGGAAGUCUGGCCAGGAGCACUGGUUUACUGAGCUUCCUCCUGUCUUAACCUUUGAGCUUUCAAGAUUUGAAUUCAAUCAGGCUUUGGGAAGGCCAGAGAAGAUACACAACAAGUUAGAAUUUCCUCAAGUUUUGUACCUGGACAGAUACAUGCACAAAAAUAGAGAAAUAACACGAAUAAAGCGGGAUGAAAUCAAGAGACUCAAAGAGUAUCUUACAGUACUCCAACAGAGACUAGAACGAUACUUAAGCUAUGGUUCUGGUCCUAAACGAUUCCCCUUGGUAGAUGUCCUACAGUAUGCACUGGAGUUCGCAUCAAGUAAGCCGGUUUGCACAUCUCCUAUUGAGGAUCUUAAUGUUAGCACUCUCCCUAGUGGUACUUUAUCAGUACAGUCAAUACCAAGCACAACAGAACAGGGGCCUUCUACAGAUGCACAAAGCACAUCACCUGCACAACGAUCAGUAAUAUACAAGCCAUUCACACAAUCUCGGAUUCCUCCAGACCUGCCAAUGCAUCCAGCACCAAGACACAUAACUGAAGAGGAGCUUUCAGUUCUGGAGGGCUGUUUACACCGCUGGAGAACGGAAGUAGAAAAUGAUACCAGAGAUUUACAAGAAAGCAUAUCCAGAAUACAACGGACAAUUGAACUAAUGUACUCUGACAAAUUAAUGGUACAGGUUCCUUAUCGGUUACAUGCUGUAUUAGUUCAUGAAGGUCAGGCUAAUGCAGGGCAUUACUGGGCAUAUAUUUAUGACAGUUACCAAAGGAGGUGGAUGAAGUACAAUGAUAUUUCUGUGACAAAGUCAACUUGGGAAGAGCUUGAACGUGACUCAUUUGGUGGUUACCGGAAUGCAAGCGCUUACUGUUUAAUGUAUAUCAAUGAUAAGGAACCAUUUUUGAUACAAGGAAACACACUGUAUGCUGUUACAGAGGAAUUCAACAAGGAAACGGGUCAUAUCUAUGUUGGCAUUGAUACGUUACCUCCUGAUUUAAAAGAUUAUGUCAAAGAAGACAAUAAGCAAUUUGAAAAAGAAUUAGAAGAAUGGGAUGUACAGAUUGCUCAGAAGGCACAACAGGAAAAAGCAUUAACAUCUCAAACUCCCAGGGUACCCAUGCCAUCAACUGUCCAAGAAGGAGAACCAGAAUAUCUAGAACAGCCAUCAAGGACUGACGUCUCAAAACAGCUGAAAGAAGAUUCUGUAAAAGCAAUUACAAAAGCAUUAACUGAAGAAGAAGAUAAGAGUUCUGAAGCUAUUAUGCAGUCGAAUUCUGUUAAUGCCACAGUUUCAACAGUUCCUAACCAGAAAGUUGUAGAAGUGGCAAUUCCCGAUGUAGGGACAUUUGUGAUUGAGUCAGAGGAGGGGGGUUAUGAUGACGAGGUUAUGCUGACUCCAAACAUGCAAGGUAUUAUCAUGGCUAUAGGUAAAGCCACGAAUAUAUAUGAAAGGUGUGGGCCAGAAGCAGGGUUCUUCAAGGCAAUAAAAUUGGAAUAUGCUCGCCUGUUAAAACUGGCACAGGAAGACACAGCACCUGAGUGCGAUUACCGUUUGCAUCAUGCAGUUGUAUACUUCAUCCAAAACCAGGCCCCGAAGAAAAUAAUUGAGAGAACAUUACUGGAGCAGUUUGCAGACCACAAUUUGAGUUUUGAUGAAAGGUGCCACAACAUAAUGAAAGUAGCUCAAGCCAAAAUUGAAAUGAUAAAGCCAGAAGAAGUCAACAUGGAAGAAUAUGAGAGGUGGCACCAAGAGUACAGAAACUUCAGAGAGACAACUGUGUAUCUCAUUGUGGGACUGGAACUCUUUCAGAAGAAGAGUUUUAUGGAAGCGUUGCUAUACCUUAUUUAUGCCUAUCACAAGAACAAAGAGCUUUCAUCAAGAGGCUUGUAUAGAGGACAUGAUGAAGAAUUGAUAUCACAUUACAGAAGAGAAUGUUUGCUAAAGUUAAAUGAAUAUGCUGCAGCACAGUUUGAAUCUGGAGAUGAUCAAGAAGUAAACAAUGGGCUGCUUAUUAUGAAUGAGCUUAUUGUCCCAUGUCUGCCAUUACUACUGGUGGAUGAAACGGAGGAAAAGGAUAUUGUUGCUGUAGAAGAUAUGAGAAACCGGUGGUGUUCAUAUCUUGGACAAGAAAUGGAGCCGAACUUGCAAGAAAAGCUGACGGACUUCCUGCCCAAAUUGCUGGAUUGUUCUACCGAAAUUAAAGGUUUCAACGAGCCACCAAAGUUACCUUCUUAUUCCACCCAUGAACUGUGCGAGCGAUUUGCCCGAAUAAUGUUAUCACUCAGUCGAACUCCAGCUGAUGGAAGAUAAACUCUGCAGACCUUCCUGAAGCUUAUGUAUAAACUUUUUUUAGUUCUUUAACCCUUGCCUUCCUGUCACAGGGUUUGCUUGUUGCUGCUAUAGUUUUUAACUUUUUCAUUUUAAUAAUUGCAAGAAAAGACAAAGAGGACUAUACAGACAUUAGCCAGACUGCAGGCAAAAAUGCUGAGAAUCGCAUGACACUCAGUUUUUGUGAUCAGCCAGAACUCAUGCAACAUUACAACUCUUUACUUUUUAUGGCAAACCUGCUUUUUGCCACAGUAUUACUUUGCUUUUAUCUUAAGAUUCUUUACUUCAUCAUCAACAGCUUUCCAUUCAGUCUGGAUCAUUCUGUGACUGCAUCAAUUUUAAAGUAACCAGUGUAAAAUACGUGGUACCUGGUAGCUUGUAAAUUACAUCGAAGAAUAAAAAAAGUUUUAUUUAUGGCUA